AAGGGAAAGUCAACCUUUUCUCGAGAGUCUCUCCGGAUCCGACGUCGCGUCGCGAGUGCGUGUGUUUUUCUUCUUCUUUCUCGGUGUGCUGAGUCACACUUGAAAUUGCCAAUUUUCCGCGAUGCUCCGGUCGGCAGCCGAAUUCUUUCGGCGCGGCCGCUUCAUUAUUUGGUGAAAACCGCCCGCAGGCCUCCGAGUUUAAAAUAUACACCAAAGGAAUGUGGUGAAGAGUGUGUGUGAGGUGAACGAUUCCUCGACGUUUGCCAAAGUGAUUUACAUACAUCCGCAAUGGUGCGUCUUAUUAGCAGCUCAAUUAUCGGCCGCCUUGCUUUUUGGGUCGUCCUGCUCACUUCCUCGACGACAGGGCAAUUCAGCGACAACGUUCCGCCGUCUCUAACCCUGAACCGCGAAUGGCAAGUGCCGUCCACGGAACCGCUGGGCAGCGUCGUCGUCCGGGCGGACGCAAGAGACGUGGACGGCGACACGCUGACCUUCAGCCUAGAGCCGACGUCGCCCGACCACUUCGGGCAUCUGGACAGACCCGCGCCUUUCCGCAUAGACAAUGUCACCGGCGUGGUGUACGUCAACGAGACGCUUGAGGAAUUUGAAAACAAGCAGUUCUUCCUGUACGUGACCGUCAGCGACGGCUCAACUAGUCCGAAAACAGAAGUGCGGGUGCGAAUUCUGCCUCCGGGCGUCAAACCCAGCAGCAGCGGAGGCCUCCGACUGCCUCCCGGCAUUCCUGGCCCGGGGCUGCCACCACUUCCACCCUUCCAGCCACCCACGAGGUCGACCAAGCCUCCAAGAAGGAAGACGACGACGACCACGUCGACCACAACAGCGACCCUCCCGGAGGAAAUCACUGAGGCCCCCGUCGCUAGGGUUACGUCCGUGAUAGUGAGUUCAGCGAAAAACAAAACCGCAGAGGUCGAUUCCCCGAGCGACAAUUUGGUCAGCACCGUUCUGCCCGUCAUCGCCGUCGGCGCCGUUUUGGCCAUCGCGAUUGCAAGCGCGCUCUACGCGUUCAGACACAGAAUUUGCAGAAAGGCCGAGACCAAGGAGAGCAUGAGGAAGGAUUCCGGAGGGAUGGCGCUGCAGGCCUCCGCGGCCAACUGGGGCGGCCCAAGACCUGCUCUGAACCGCUACGAGUCGUCCUGGAGCCGAGACACCACCAUUUCUCAAAUGGAGCCCGGAAUACCGGAGAAAAUUGCCCAGGAGGACCGCUGGGAGUUUCCUCGACACAGACUGAAGGUUUUCCACAUCCUCGGAGAAGGAUGUUUCGGCCAAGUUUGGAAAUGCGAGGCGAUGGAUAUAGAUGGUCGUGAGGGGGCGUCAGUCGUUGCAGUGAAAACUCUCAAGGACAAUGCUGGCGACAAAGAACGCGAGGACCUCCAACAGGAGCUGAAGGUCAUGAAAACGCUCGACCCCCAUCCGAACGUGGUGCGACUCCUGGGGUGCUGCACGGAAAAAGAGCCGCUGUUCGUGAUCAUGGAGUACGCGGCGAUGGGCAAAUUGCAAAGUUUCCUCCGCAACUCGAGGGCCGACCGGCAGUACGGAAAUUUGCACGGCCGCAGCGACAGUCUGACCUCACGAGAGCUGACCAGCUUCAUGUACCAGGUGGCCAGAGGGAUGGAGUAUCUCUCGUCCAAAGGGAUUGUCCAUCGUGACCUGGCGGCCCGAAACGUGUUGCUGACCACGGACCGCGUGUGCAAAGUGGCCGAUUUCGGUUUCGCGCGAGACCUGGCCUCAGCCCUGGUGUACGAACGCAAGUCCGAGGGCCGCCUGCCCAUCCGGUGGAUGGCGCCCGAGAGUCUGUACGACAACAUUUUCUCCUCCAAGUCGGACGUGUGGAGCUUCGGCGUGUUCAUGUGGGAGGUGGUGACCCUGGGGUCGACGCCCUAUCCGGGUCUGGCGGCGGCCGAGGUGCUCAAGAAGGUUCGCGAUGGAAUGCGGCUGGAGAAACCCGAGCACUGUCGCCGCGAGAUUUACAACAUCAUGUUCUACUGCUGGGACAAGUCGCCGCAAGAGCGUCCCACUUUCCCCGAGGCGGUGCAGCUGCUGGAAAAGCUGCUCGUCUCUGAAACCGACUACAUCGAGCUGGAACGCUUCCCGGACCACUCGUACUACAACAUGGUCAGCCUCAGCGGCGAGAAAUUGUGAAAAUCUAAAAUUAAUUUGACGCUUUUAACCAUCAGCCGAGUGACGUUGUGUUUAUUUCCAAAAAGUGCAGAUGCGAGCGAAUGAUUUAAUCUUUCAUUUCUUUAAAGUGGAAUUUUGAACAUAUAUAUUUAUAAUUUUUUUUUAUAGAAAUCCAUUGUUUUUCUAUUACUGAAUAUUUAUAAUAAGGAAAAUUUGUCACAAAAAUUAGAGAGUAUUUUUUUUUUAAAACCAACAAAAGGCACUUCAAAUAAGUUCCUCGACAUAUAUAGCAAUUUUGGUGUUUUAAACACUUUUGGCACAAGUUUAUAAAAAGAAAGCAUAUCACGAUUUUCAUGUAGAUGAUGAGACCGCUCCUUCUAAAUUUCAAAUAUUAUGGAUUUUUUUUAGUUCUCUUAUAAGGACUCAUAAAAUCUAGAAAAGCAUGCAUGGCAACGGACAAAACUUUUAGGCCUAGCAAUUGUUUUGUUCUUAAAUUUUUCACUUUGAAGAUUUUGACAAGAACUUAUUUUUGGAUUCCGGAAUAUUCAAGUGCAUGGAAAACCUGGAAACGUUUUUUUUUAGUUAUAAUUAUUUUGAAUGAAAAUUUAUUCAAUUAAAUUAAACUAAAGAAAAUUGCUCUUUAGCGUGGAUAAACGUUCUUUAAACGACCUUUUAUUUGAGAAAAAGCUCAAUGAUUUUGAUAUAUUGUUUAUUUCUUUAAUAUUAAAAUCAAAAUAUGUUUAAUUUUCAAAAGAACAUUGCUAAAAGAAAAAUCCAAACCAAAAGUAAGCGUAUCAGAAAUUUUGCUUUGGAAAAAAACAUGAAAACAAUCCUUAACUUUUGCUUAUUGUUAAUGAAGAAAUUAUACUCUGAAGUUACUCGAUGGCUACGGAUCUGAUUGUGAGGAUCUUUCAGGUCGAGAAGAUAAGAAUGAAUUUCUCUAAUUGGGAAUCGACAGUGAAAUUAACUGUCUGCCAAAAUGCGUCUGCUCUGUGGGUCGGAAAUAAACGCACGCAAGGAACUGAGCUCAAACGGCGGCUCAGCUCUCAUAUUAUCGCAGAGGUCGGAGUUCCACUCAGAUGAACGCGGCAAUUUGAAAUUCCAUAAAAUUAUACCCUUCACGUGCAGGCAACUCAUUCGCAAUGGAGUUCUUUUUUCUGUUUAGCACUCGAAUGGGCAGUUUGCAAAUAAAUACGCCCAGCAGAAGGUUGUGCGUGAGGAAAUGAGGAAAUACCUCUUGUGAAUAAAAGAACGCCGACAGGAAACAAAACGCUGUUUUUCACUUUUUUUUGCAAGCGAGAGUGUGUUAUUUAUUGAGUCUACCAAGUAUGUACUUGUUCGCGAAAAGCCGCCGCCAGCUUAGAAUUUAUCGCCCGCGCAAAUGCGAUAAUCCCUGAAUAUAUUAAUAAUGCACAGUAGAGGCGAUAAAAGUUUACCAAAAGUGAUAUAAAAGUGUAUCAUGUUUUAAGAUAAAUUUUACCACGUCAAAAAUAUGGAAAACUUUUCGCAUAAGCUUCAAGAAAGUGUGUGAAUGUUAAUUCAUUGACAAGACUGCUGGUAUUGAAUUUGUAUUUAUGAAUUAUGUAUAUAAAUAUUGUAUUAUGCUCUACUGUAAUUUUAAACAAAAAAAUGUUAAAAAUAAAAAGAUUUAUUU